AUGUCAGAGCGUGCUUGUGCGAAGCGUAAGGCUUCACGGUGCUUAUUCGGACGGCCUGACAAGGAAAAGGUGAAGAUGAUAGGAAAUUUUGGAUAUUUUUAUCGGAUUUUCAGUUGGACAAAAUGCUGCGCACGGAGCUGGAAGGUUUCAACAAGGCGAAUCGCGAAAAGUACGGUUUCGACUUUUCCAAAGACGUUCCUCUGAAGGGCGGUGAAUACGAUUUCGAGCCGGUUCCCAUGGCUGAUGUUUGUUUAUUUUUUGAUUUUUGAAUAAAAAUUGAUGGUUCAGAUUCCACAAGUCUAUCAUCCUCGUGUUGUCCGUCCGAAGAAGAAACGGGAAGUCGUCGAAGAAGUUGAAGAAGAAGUAGAAGAAAGGGUCGAGAUUAAUGUCGAAGAACCGUCGACUUCCAAAAGAGUUACCAGGUGAAAAAUAAUUUUGAAGGUAACUCAAAGAUAUUUAUUUUUAGGUCAUCAGCCCGACUGAUCAAGGAGAAAAGCCUCGAAGAAGAUAAAACUCUGAAGCAGGCCAAGCUCACGAGUAAGUUUGAUGGGUUUUGUCGUGAUAUUUUAUUCAGUAUAUUUCGUUUAGUAGUUAUUUUUAGUGCAUUUAAAGGUACAUAAUUUUUUUGAUUUGGCUUUGCUUUUCACUGAAACAUGGCUCUUUGCCGUGAGACCUCAUGCUCCUUUCAAAAAAACUCCAGAAAGAAUUUUUUUGAAUUUAAAGUUUUUUUCAAGUUUUAAGAUGAAGCAAGAAAAAUAUUUGUCUGAAUUUUUUUCGAACCUAUAUUUUUUUUUUUUCAAAGUUUCCUCUAACAAUCAAAGUAAAGUCAGAAUGGUUUUGAAACUUCUGACUUUCCUCAUUAGAAUUUUGAAUAGCUUGUUUAAAUAGGAUUCCUGUUUCUCAGAUAUUUCGAAAUCUGUGUAUCCUGAAGCCAAAGCUUUUCGUGAAUCCAUAUAACUUUGUUUAGAAAUUUUACAGUUUUCUAAAGAAAUUCCCGUUCUUUUUAAUCGGUUAAAAGUCACUAGUUUUCCUGACCUUUCCUUAUCUUGUUUUCAAUCAAUUAGUAGGAUUCUGUUUGUUUUUUUUUCACCAAGGCCAUUUUUCUUUCUAAUUGCCCUCCUCAUGAACUGCUCGCAUUCUAAAAUCGUCGAGCCCUCAAUUUCGUUUCGAAAAAGCGAGAACGGCAUGUGGUUCGUGAUUUAUUUGGCCGGAUACCUGCCAAUUUUGCUUGUCACGACACGCUCCAUCGCCAAAUCUCAGUUCGAAUCUUGAUCCGGGACGGCUAAAUUGCUACUUUCCAGGCCUUUUUUGGUCGUUGAGUAGAUUGGGGUUUAUUGCCAGGAAGAGCGAUUUUUAAGGCGCUUUGUGCGUUGCAACAGCGCCUGAUGUAGUUUUUAGGAAAAGGUUAAAAAAAGUACUGAAAUCUUUGAAAUUUUUAAAUUUUGUACAUGCAGGCUUUCAUAGCGGGUUUGUAAGGAUUUAUACUGUAGAGAUUUCGUAAAUUUCGUUGAGAAAAUUUUCGGUUUUAUAAUUUUUGAGGAAGAUCUAACAAGUUAUAAGUUUCGAAAUAACUUUUUUUGAACAAUUGGAAAUCUAAUUUCAAGAAAAAAAUUCAAAUUAUUUUUUUCAAAUUGUCUCAAGUCAUGGUGUUCAGCACUUUUUGAUAGAAGUAGUGAUUGAAAAAAAUCUAAAAUUUUUAGGUUUCUGUUUAAAAAUUCCAAAAAUUCACAUUUUUCGGAGGGUAAUUGGAGAAUUUCGAAUGAUUUAUCAUUUUUGAAUUUAUUUUUUUCUCAUUUUUGGACGGUUUUUAUGAAUCUCGUCUAACUGUGAAAGAUUUAAUUUUUUAGGACCUCAAAAUUUUUUCACAGCAGCUAGAAUCAAUUCGAAGUAUUUGAAUUGAUCGAUUUUGUUAUCCACAAGCUGGAAUUCCAGUAAAAAAAGGCUUGAAUGUUUUUUUGGUUAUCAAAUGACGGUUUUUAUUUCUAAUUAAUCACGAUCAUACUCGAUAAAUGUCCGAAAGUUUGAACGUAACGGCUCGGCUUGCAUAACCGAAACCGAGGUCAGAAGUCUCGAUUUCACUGGAUCGUGUCGUGGUCAUGUUGCACAACGGCCGCAGAACACACGUGUUGUCCGUCCCAAUAAAUAACCAACUUGAGUCAAUCAUCCGCUUAUGCAAUUGUCGAUGAUGGAACUCGGGAAAGACCGUCAAGGCCGAUGGGAAAACCCUCGAAGACUUCUUUUAUGGUUCAAAAAAAUCCUCGUUGAAACGCGCUGACCGAUGCCGUCAUAGGUCGAGGAUGGGAUUAGGCUGAGCCGGCCUUCCUUCCCCAUAGAGAUCCGAGUAUUGACACAUUCCCGUCAAAUAUUUGACCACGACCAGUUCGGCUCGGUCAGAUUGUUACAAAAAGACUGUUAUGGAGGAGUAGUAGGCAUUUUUGACCAAAAAAUUUCAAAGAUUGAAGCUUUUGGUAAGCUCAAAAUCUUCAUUAGUCUUCUUGUAAAAAUGAUCCUUUAGAAAAAAACUUUCAGAAGAUCUGAAUUUUUGGAAUUUGAAACGGCAGCAUUUUUGCGUCUUUAAAAAACUAGAUCAUCAUUUUUUGUUCAUGUUCUGCGACCAUAUUUUUUUGAGCCCAAACUCCGAGUUGGACCAAAAUUAACGACCUUCACCCAGUGGUCGAUUCCACAUUUUCGACGUUAACUUUGAUGGGAUUUGCCAUGUGUUCCUCUGUGUUGGGCCGUUCGGUGGCAACGCAAAACCGGACAAAGUGGUUGCAUUUUGCAAGGGGAAGAAAGAGGCGGCGUUGGUGGGAACGACCGAACCCAUCCGAUCAAUAACAGCUGGUAGGACACCCCGCGACGACGCCUCGCCACAACAAAACCACGCUGCGCAAUCGGGGGAUUUUGUGUGAACCUUGAAACCGGGCAGUUGCUUUGCCAGCCUUGGUUCGACACGAAUAAUGAGGAAUUGGAGCGGUUGAAGCGAACAAAAAUUAUGGAUUUGCCGGAAUUGAUGUUUUCUGUGGGGAACUUUAACGUACCGUCGGAAAAGGUAUGGAAAGUUUUUUUCAUUACUCGGGUGGAGCUCAAUAUUUUUCAAACUCUCUAAAGCUGGAUAUGAAUGAAGAAGUAUUGAAAUUUUGCACGUUUUGAAUGGGAUAAAAUAGUUGGUCUUUUUUUUCGUUCUCAAGAUUUUCCAAUUUCUUAUCUCGUAAAACCGACAUAAAGAGAACAACCUAACCAACUUCAUACAGUUCAAAAUCCACUUUCUCAGUCAUAAACCUCCACUAUUGGAAGUGUAGAUAACCUUAUUUGGUUUGAGAACCGUAAACGUGUAACGCAGCAGCGUAGGUUAAGCAAACGUCGCUUGGAAGCGAAGCCUUGCGCAAGACUCUUCAUAGAUUUACGGCGUUAAAAAUGAUAAGGAUGGUCCUUUUUUGGCUCGAGUUUUGGGGGACCUUAAUGGUUUGGGGAAGGUUUGAAGGUUAAAGAAUGAAGUUCUAAUGAGUUUUUGGAUUUUUCAAAGAUUGGAUAGGAUUAGUGGUUUUUUUCAUGAAAUAGAUCUGCCAAUAAAAUAUUUAGAUUCUAAGGAAGUUUUCCAAAUUUCGAUAAGAUAACUAAUCUCAGCCGUUUUGAGUUCACGAUUGAAGAAAAAGAGUAUGACCUGUGAUCAAAGUUAAACCUCUUUUUUUAAGGAACAACUUUUAACUGGUUCAUAGUGAUAAGAGUUUUUUUUUCUGACUUAUUUGACAUUCAUUUCGACUAGCUCGUACCUACAUGUUUAAUUACACUUUGACAUACGCGCUUGGGACGAGAGUGACUAAUCCUGUUGGCCGUUGUUCGGCGUGUUUCAAGUGAACUGGUCAAGUAUGUGGUGCGGCCUUAAUGCGUCGCUUGCGCAACGGAUCAAGUCGAAAGUCGCAAAUAUUGAACCCUUUCUGGGGACCGACGAUAAUGUGCGCAAUACUGAUUCUUGGCUCUGAUAAAGUUGGUUGCGUAAACAGCCAAAAUAUUGGGAGGAUUAGAAAACUUUCCGUUUGGUUGGAGAAUUGGAAAAUGUCGGCAAUUUAUGUGAAAUAAUAUAUUUUUUGAAACAGUAAACCUUUUAAACUUCGACAAAUUUUGAUAGUUUUCGACAUUUUAUAGUAUUUUCAAAGGUCCUGUUCGAAGGAGUAUGUACAUGUUUAAUGAAGAAAUCGAAGUUAUGAACCAUUUUGAAAGUAUUUUUUUAGGUUAUUUAAGAUGUUUGCGCCUUCAAGAAUCAUAAAAAAAUGAUUUUUUUAGACUCGCUUCUAUCAGUAAAAAAAUCAAAAAAAUCAUAUUUUUUUCACUGUUUUUUUCGAACAAAUAAGCUAAUACGCCUGCUUAAUCAGAAUCGACAAAAAAAUAUUCAAUUUUUCAAGGAAGGAAAAAAAACGUAACUAUUCAGUUAUAACGAUUUGAAUGAAUGUGAUGUAAACCGGAAAUCAGAACCGGAAGUUUAAGAAAAAAAAUGUUUCCUUUAAAAAAAGAGAUCCGGGAUCAACUAUACUGGAUGCCCCGCUUAUCUCCAAAAGCUAUUUUUGUGAUCUAAGUUUGAAAAAUUAGAAUAUAUUCCUGGUAAUUCCAGACUACAUGAUGGUCCGAAAACGUCGUUCCGAGUCGAAUCUUCUGGACCGUCGCCUGACGAAAGACUCUUCGGAGCCGAUCAAAGGCGAUUCUGAGCCCAGGGACCUCGGCUUCACCCCAAGAAAGAGCCACCGUCUCAAGCAUUCCCACGAAUCCGAAGCCCCUCGCAGCCCGUUCAGGUGUCCGACAAUCAAUUAAUUCAAUGGGAAGAUGUUUUUUGCAGAUUUGCAACAGCGGAACCGGAUUUCGGUGCUGAUCGUGAGACGUCGCUUUCCCCAAUAAAGAAGGUGAAACGAGGCGUUUCGCUCAGGAAACACGCCGAGUGA